AUGUUCAAACAUAAAUCAGCUUCAUUUCAUGAUGCAAGUAUUGAUACUCAAUUGAAAUUCAAACCUCCUAAACCAGAAUUAAUUUCAAAUUCUACAAAAAGAAAUUCUGAAGUAUUGUCACAUGUAAUUAUCUGAAUCUCUAGAUUAGCCACCAGAAUUAUUAGCUAAACUAUAUUAAACCAAUAGACUUUUAGAAUAAAAUAUAAUAAAGCUAAAUGAAGUUUAAUAAAGAUUGGCAUAAAAAGAAGAGGAAAUAUUAGAUUUGAAAUAAAAAGUAAAAUGCUCUACAAAGGAUUUAAACGAAAAGAAUGAAAAAAUAGCAUAAUUAACAGAAUAAUUAAAAGCAUUCAAAACAGAUGUGAGAAAAACAUAUUCAGAUAGAGGUAAUUAAGAAUUGCAAUAAAAACUUCAUAAUGUUUCCUAACAUAAUGAAGCCUUAUUUUAAGAUUAUCAAUCUGUGUUAUUACAGAAUUAGAAUUAUUAAUAGCAAAUUAUAGAACUAUAAGAUUAAUUGAAUUCGAUAUCUUAUAGAUUAAGAGAAUCUGAAUAAGCAAUUCAAUUAAUUAAAGAAACAGAAACAAAAGUUAAUUAUUUAGAAUUAGAUUUGGAUAGACUAGAAGAAAAACAAAAAAAAUCAUUUCCUGAAUUGAUGAAGUAAAAUCAAUAAUUAAAAAUAUAAUAUGAGACUAAUAUACAGCUUAUAAAUUGUGGAGUAGAUUAUAUAGGUACAUAAUUUUAAAAGUCUAUUUCAACUUUGACUAAAUAACUUUAGAUGAUUUCAAAAUUUUCAAAAAGAAAUGUUGUAUUGUCAGAAACUCAAUUAACAUUUUAUGGUUUAAAUACAUUGGCUUAAUAAACCAAUUCAAAAAGAGUUUAAUAAAUUUUGUAAAAGAUGAAUAUCAGUGAAACCCUAUAGAGUUGGUUAGAAGGCAUAGUCACUUUUCUAAUGAUUAAUUGUUAGGAAAUAUUGUAAAAAGAAGUAGAUAAGAAAUUAGAUAAAUUAUCAAAGUAAAUUUCAUAAGUUCAUGAAAUAGCUAUUUAAUUGGCUACAUCAUAUGAUUUUAUGAGAUUUGGCAAAAAUGUACAUUAAUUAUUUAAAAAAAAUAGAGAUGCAAUAAUAUGAGUGCUUAUAGUUAGAAAUCAAAUAGUUUUUGUUCUAAAUAGUAAGAUAAAGAAAAUGAAGAAUAUUCUUAGAAUACUAAAUUUAAAGAUUUCUUAGAUUUAGCAUUAAUGUAUAAGUUUAUAUUUAUAAUUUUAAUAGUAAAUUAGGGGAACAUCUAGCUUAAAUUUAAUAAUUAAAUAUUGAAUUAUAAGUUUCGAAUUUUUAGAAUAAAUCUUCAAGAGAACUUUAGACUGGUCUUAAAGAAUAAUUGAAUUUGCAUCAAAAUUUAGCAAAUUUUUUAAAAAAAGAGUUAAUUUCAAUAAAAAAAGAAAUUACUAGUCAUUCUUAGAGAGGAUAAGCUCAGAAAUACAGUUAUAUGCCAAAAAUAAUAUGA